UUCCUAUCAUGUGGGUGGAGUCUCUCCACCCACAUAACAUUCGACACAAACUGUAAACCAGACGAGAGCUGCAUCUUCAUGUUACUGGACAUGGAUCAGUGUUUGCUGUUUGUUCUGCUCUUGAUGAUGGGAAGAAAUGGAUUGUGUCAACAGGGGCAAGUUUGCUCGAAGUCUGUGAUCAACUCGUGCGGGGACUGUAUCAGAUCUGGGCCAUACUGUGUGUGGUGCAAACAGCUGAAUUUCACCAAAGCAGGUGAGCAGGAAGCAGCACGCUGUGACACCCAAGCUCAGUUAAUAGAGAGAGGCUGCAAGAGGGAUGAAAUCAUCUCCCCCAAGAACAAUCUCAGCAUUGUCCAAGAACAUCCACUGUCUGUGUCAUUCAACCAGCAGGAGCCCGUUCAGCUGACUCCUCAGAAGAUUAGUCUGAAACUGCGACCUGGGCUUUCUACCACAUUCAGUGUUUCUUUUAAAAGAGUCCAGGGUUAUCCAGUUGAUCUCUACUACCUGAUGGACCUGUCUUACUCCAUGAAAGAUGACUUGGAAAAUAUCAAAGAAUUGGGAAAAGAUCUUUUUGCAGCUUUGAAUAGCAUCACUGGACAUGCUCAAAUAGGGUUUGGUGCCUUUGUUGAUAAGACGGCCCUUCCUUAUACUAACACCAAUGAGAAGAAACUGCAGAAGCCAUGUGAUGAGAACCAGCAGUGUCAGGCUGCCUUUGGCUAUAGACAUGUUCUUAGUAUGACACCAAGGGAGGAUGAGUUCAAAAAAAAAGUGACAGAGCAGUUCAUUUCUGGGAACUUGGACUCUCCUGAAGGAAGUCUUGAUGCUAUGAUGCAGGCUGCUGUAUGUGGGAACAAAAUAGGUUGGAGGAACAGCAGCACUCGGCUGAUUGUACUGACCACUGAUGCUGGAUUCCACAUGGCCGGGGAUGGAAAAUUGGCCGGCAUACUGGAACCUAAUGAUGAAUAUUGCCACAUGGAAAACAACCUUUACACUAAGAGCAUUGAGAUGGACUAUCCAUCUGUUGGACAACUAGCUAUGCAGUUGGAAAAAAACAAUAUUCAGCCAAUAUUUGCAGUGACAAAAAAUGUGGAGACUGUGUACAAGGAACUCUCUAAAAUGAUCCCAAAAUCAGAAGUGGGGGUUCUGUCUUCAGAUUCUAAAAAUGUUGUUCACUUGAUUGAAAGUGCCUACAACAGGUUAUCCUCAAAAGUAACUGUGACCCAUGACAAUCUCCCUGACAAUGUAAGAGUUGUCUACACCCCUCAAUGUAAGCAUGCAGGACUACCAGCGGAGAACGAAGGGGUUUGUGACAAUGUAAAAGCGGGACAGGAGAUUUCUUUUAAUGUUACCGUGACGGCGUACUCAUGUAUGACGGACAAGUCUUUUACGAUAAGACCACUGGGCAUUAAAGAUACAUUGACAGUGACCUUAUCUACAAACUGUGAGUGUGAAUGUGAAGACCCCCAAGACAAAAGCCACCCACACUGCAAGGGCAAGGGAAAAGUCAGUUGUGGUAUUUGCAGCUGCAGUGAAGGCUUUGUCGGUCAGUUCUGCGAGUGCUCCAUCGGUGAUAGAGAUGAGCGAUCCCUGCAAGCAUCCUGUCAGAGGCACAAUGACACCGAGUGUGAGGGUCGAGGAGACUGUGUGUGUGGCAGGUGCCAGUGCCACACCACAGAGAGUGGAAACAGUUACCAUGGUGACUUCUGCGAGUGUGAUGAUGAACACUGUGAGAAGUUCCAGAAUAAACUAUGUGGAGGGAACGGUAAGUGCAACUGUGGCACAUGUAAAUGCAAUCCAGGUUAUGAGGGCUCAGCCUGUCAGUGCAAGGUGUCUGAGGAGGGCUGUCGCACCCUUAACAACACUGUGUGCUACGGCAGAGGGACCUGCAAGUGUAACCGCUGUGAGUGUAAGGAGGGAUACCAGCGUCCACAAUGCAAGAUAUGCCUCGGCUGCUCUGACCCUUGCCAGACUAAAUUAAACUGCAUUGAAUGCCUUGGCUUUGACUCGGGUCCUUUUAAAAAAAACUGUAGUGUGGCUUGCAGCCAGAGCAUUUAUCAUGAGAUGGUAGACCAGUUCACCAUACCAACCAGGCAGUGCCAGCAGAAGGACACAAAGGGCUGCUGGAUCAAAUUUAAGCUGGACCAAUUGGUCGGAGAGGAUAAUUACAGGGCUGAAAUUCUGAAACAGAGAGACUGUCCUGAACCACCCAGUGUGACAGCUAUCAUCGGAGGCUCCAUUGCAUCUGUGGCUUUCAUUGGCAUCCUGCUGCUGAUGCUCAUCAAGUUGCUCAUCUACAUGAAGGACCUGAAAGAGUUCCGGAAAUUUGAAAAUGAAAAAAAGAAAUCCAAGUGGGCAGAGGCUGACAACCCACUGUUCCAAAAUGCCACCACCACUGUGACCAAUCCAACCUUCACUGGAGAGUAAGGGUCACCACUGCAGCACCGUUUGUUCAGUGCAUCUUUAAUGUGUCUGAGUUAUGUCUGAAUGUUCAGAGAGGAUCAUUUGUAAUGCUCAGAUAUUUAUGUCCACAUUCACAGAUGUAUUCACUGGCUUUAAUGUUGACUUGCUUCUGUCCUUAAGGGACAGUUCUCUUCCAAAUAUUUUUUUCCCUCUUACCAGAGGGGUAAAUGGACUAAAAUGGACUGGAUUUAUAUAGCGCUUUUCUAGACCACUUAAGGUGAGCCACAGUUGCCCCACUAUUACAAACCAAGUUGGACAUAGCCAGGUUUUUUUGCAUAAGCUGAAUUGACAAAACCUCAAACCUGAGUCAGAGAUAAUGAUUCCCAAUGGAGGUUUUCUUCAUCAGGAUCAUCUUCUGGAUAAAAUGGGCUGACUGUGUGCCACUUACUUCAGUAAAGAGGAACACGUCUUUAUAUUGGAGAGCUGUGAACAAUAUAAAACAAUAUUACAGCAAAAAGCAACUCACAGUUGCUGAAAAUAGGGCAAGAGAGGAAUGCUGACAGAUCAUGUAAACUCUUAGUUUAACUCUAAGUUAAUAUACAAUAUGUAUUUGAGCACUCAAUAUCUAAUGAGACAACUACACAUUCUCUCUUAAAGCUCUUAGAGUUUAAACUUGAUACAGCACAUAAACAACAUACUCAGGAAUUGCAUUUAGAAACUCUUCUGGAGUAGGUUAGGUGUGAUCUAGCCUGGUUAAAAGAGAGGUAUCUUUGUGACAUUGAAAACUCUGUCUUUAAGAUCCUCACUAACCCAUUAAUCUUGCUUCAAAGUACACCCCUCUACAUUGCUAUUUAUCAAUCUAGUUUUGGUGUCAGUUGUCAAGUUCUGGAGAUACCAGCUGCAGAGAUGCCUGCAAUCGUUUGAAUAUAAUGGAACUAGAUGGCACUUGGCUUGUGUUGCUCUGAGCUUUAAAACAAUGUGUUUGAAAAAUUCUCCAUCAGUGGCUCUUUUGAGAAAUCAUGACCUGGUCAUGGAAGAUAAUCCAGACCUUGCUGUUCGCAGUUUCAGGUAGGAACUAUUUUCUCUCCACUGAACUGUACCUGUCAAUUUUAUCACUGUGCAGAAGGAAGCAUGCAUCUACUCUCCUAACCCUCAUCUGACAUUGCUAGCUUGUGGAGAUUAGUUUAUAGCUAUAGCCAUUAUUGUUUACAUCCUAUGCUGGACAUGGACAGGCCUCUCGUCCAUGAUUAGAUGCAUGCUUCUUUUUGUGUAGUGAUACACAAUUGGCGGAUUUACUUUGGUAUGAAGAAAAAUGUUCGUCCAUGAGACUGGUGGUGGCAGACAAUAAGGUCUGUGGAUUAUCUUGAAUAAUCAGGUCCCUAUUUCUAGAGACAAUGCUGUUGAGUUUUUCAAAUGUAAUUUUUUGGUGUGCUGAGCAACAAAAGCUGAGCACCAUCUAGUUCCAUUAUAUUCAAGUGAAGGCAGACAUUUCUACACCCGGUAUUGCCAGAACUUUGCAACCCAAAACAAUCUAGAUGGUAUGUAUUUUCAAUUUUUGGGUGAACUAUCCCUUUAAAGAUGAAUAACUGUAAUUUACUACACGAUUGCAGUUGCAUCAGUGCUUAUAAUUCACGAGAUGCAAUGUUGUGCAGUUUAGAAUGUGUACAGUAUGGGAGUUUGCAGUAUGCAACAGGAUGGGCAGAAUAUAGCAAUGUAUAAUGUACAUAUACACCCAACAGAGAGCAGAGCCACAAACCCCCCUACUCCCUCCCCCAACACCCAAAUUAAUCAUUACAUUUAAACAUAAGAGGAGUUUUGAAAUACCUCAUACAUUAAUACAAGUGUAACCACCCCCUGCUGUCAUUCAUCCCUGCCCCCAUUAACCGUCCUCACCGCAACAACAUUGGCUGCUUUACCCUGAGGGAGGGACUACAAGAAUAAGAGCCACCAAAUACUUGAUUGGCAAGUCAUUCCAUUCGUAAUUAAAGUUAAUUAUGAUAUUGAAUGAAGAGCCUCCUUAUGCCUCUUUUACGUGACAUAUUGCAUCCAAUCCGUUUUUUGCUUUAUGCCAUUUACAAUUCAAAGUAAAUAAAUGCUGUUUUUGCUAUGA